AUGGAGCUCCUCAUCUAUGAUAUCAGCGUCAAUGGCCCAAUCCCUUCGGCCGUCGGCGACCUCCCCUACCUCGAUUCCUUACAGUUCGGCUGGGUCAAGAACCUCACCGGCCCCAUCCCCUACUCCCUCACCAAACUCCCCAGACUUAGAUUUCUGCGUAUCAACAACAGCCCUCUUUCCACUUCCAUCCCUGACUUUCUCGGCCAUAUACAAAGCCUCAAGUACCUAGAGCUAGACCAGAACCAGCUCUACGGCCCCAUCCCAGCUUCUCUUUCAAAUCUGAGCAAACUACGAGAUCUUGAUCUCAGUCGGAAUAAGCUAACUGGAAGCAUACCCGUCUCAUUUGGGAGCUUCACGAGCAACUUGUACAGGUUGGCCCUUUAUGAAAACCAGCUAUCAGGUGAGAUUCCCAAAUCGCUCGGCCGGUUACUGGAUUGUGAGACAUUCGAAUUGUCUGGUAAUAAACUGGUGGGGGACGCGUCCAUGCUGUUCAAACAGAACGGAAAAGCGACGUUCAUCGAUUUGUCAAACAACCUCCUGGACUUCGAUCUCUCCAAGGUGAGAUUUCCGAAGAACUUGACGUAUUUGGAUUUGUCACGCAAUAGGAUMCGAGGUAGUAUUCCGAAGCAGGCCACUAAAAUGAAGUGGAAAAAGUUGAAUUUGAGCUAUAAUCAGUUGUGUGGAAAGAUUCCGCAGGGUGGACAGUUGCAGCUGUUCUCUGCUGCCUCGUUUGCCCAUAAUCAGUUAUUUAACUGGGAAAUCUUAGAAUUAACUAUAAGCACAGCAACAACUGUGGUUCUGGUGUAUGCAUUUGCAUGGGAAAAUGAUUAUGAUAUCUAG